CACAGUCGCACACAGGCACUGGCUAUACUGCUGGAGGGAGAACGUAAACACAUAAAGGCAGCCUCGCCAGUCGUUGUUUUGCCAGUCGCGUGUGUCGAGUCGUCGGGUUAAGUCCGUUACGCACGAGCUCGACCUGCAGCAGGAUUCCAUUUCACUGUUUACAAAACCCAAAACUUUGUUGGCGUAGCCGUUCAAUUUUUUCUUCUCUACAUUUUGUUCAUCGAGAUAACCAGUAGAAAAUGAAGUCAAUAUUCGUGCUGCUUUUGGUAGCGCUUGCUGCUGUUGCACAAGCCGUCUCAUUUGUAGAUCUUGUCCAAGAGGAAUGGAGAGUUUUCAAGGCCGAGCAUAGAAAGGGCUACGGUUCAGAUAUUGAAGAAAAAUUCAGAAUGAAAAUAUUCAUGGAGAACAAACAUAAAAUUGCCAAACAUAAUGCCAAAUAUGAGCAAGGCUUAGUUUCCUACAAACUGAAACUUAACAAAUACUCUGAUAUGCUUCAUCAUGAGUUUGUUAACACUUUGAAUGGCUUCAACAAGACCAAGCCGGGAAUGCUCCGAAGCUAUCAAAAGCCAGUUGGAGCUAAGUUUGUCACUCCUGCUCACGUUGAGCUGCCCAAGCAUGUUGACUGGAGAAAAGAAGGAGCAGUUACUGAAGUUAAAGAUCAAGGACACUGUGGUUCUUGCUGGUCUUUCUCAGCGACUGGCGCUCUUGAAGCUCAACAUUACAGACAAACUGGUAAACUUGUUUCACUUAGUGAACAAAAUUUGAUUGAUUGUUCUGGCAAAUACGGAAACAAUGGUUGCAACGGUGGUCUUAUGGACAAUGCCUUCAAAUACAUCAGAGACAACAAAGGUAUUGAUACUGAACAAAGUUAUCAGUACGAAGCCAUGGAUGAUGAGUGCCGCUACUCUCCUCGCAACUCUGGUGCUGAGGAUGUUGGCUUUGUUGACAUUCCUGAGGGAGAUGAGCAUAAACUGAUGGCUGCUCUUGCCACUAUUGGACCUGUCUCUGUUGCCAUUGAUGCUUCGCAUGAAACAUUCCAACUGUACUCUGAAGGUGUAUACUACGAGCCAGAGUGUUCAUCGACUGAACUAGAUCAUGGUGUACUUGUUGUUGGUUAUGGUACUGAUCACAAUGGUACCGACUACUGGCUGGUCAAGAACAGUUGGGGCACUACUUGGGGAGACAAAGGUUACAUCAAGAUGGCACGUAACAAGGAUAAUCACUGCGGUAUCGCUUCUUCUGCCAGUUAUCCUCUUGUUUAGAGAAUAACCCAAUACUCCCAAAAAUUCGAAGAGAUUUAAAACUUGAAGCCAUUAUGUAUAUACAUUAUAACGGGCUCUAUGUUUAUUUAUUUCUCAUGACAGAUAGUAUAUAAGUUAUUACUUUAUCAGUAGUGAUUAAGCAUUUAAAUGUGAUGACUCUUUUUUUAUAUUUACAUAUAAUGAACUUAUGUUUGAUGUAGAAUGCAUUGUAUGAAUGUAAAACAUUAUUACUUGUGUUGCCUUAAUAUUAUCAAAUUGACAAAUUGAUAAUUUCUUAAUUAUUAAACUUUUCAUUUCACGUGAAUUAUGUGUGAAUAAACGUGUUGAAUUU